AAGUGGUCUGUCAGCACCAGAAAGCUGUCCUCAUACCGGUGUCCCAGGAAGAGUGGCAGCAACAACCGAUGCCCAGAGAAGACUAUACAUGCCCAAACGCAAGGUGCAUUUUAAUCUACCACUUCAAAUGUUUCGUGAAUAACGAGGAGAUUAUAAAGCAACAGGUGAAAGAAAAGCUCUUGGCAUCAGCAGCGCUGUGCGCUCUCAACAGGUCGUGGAUAAGUUACAGAUAAUAACCGGUGUCUAACAGAACAUUCACAAGAUGUAUCCAUUAUUGUGUGGAUGCGCACAGUUUUUGAUGGUCUUUUGGAGGUGCUGCAUUGUGGUUGAUGCGAUAUCCGGUAAUUUUACGCUUGACAACGAGAUUCAUUCAAGUUUCAUCCAGCGCCGUCUGCGAAGCCACGAGCGCAAAGAAAUGCAGCGGGAGAUUCUCUCCAUCCUUGGGUUACCACAACGACCCCGGCCAAACCUCUACGAGAAGCACACCGCUGCCCCGAUGUUCAUGUUGGAUUUGUACAACGCAAUUUCGACAGGGGGAGAAGAACUUCGAUUAUCGUACCCUUACAGCCCUGUUUUCACGACACCAGAUCCUCCCAGACUACCUCCGCAAGACAGCCGCUUUCUCAACGAUGCUGAUAUGGUGAUGAGUUUUGUCAACUUGGUGGAGCCGGAUCUGGAGGUCCCCCCUGGCCCGAGGCACCAGAGGGAGUUCCGUUUUGACCUGUCCCGCAUCCCAGAGGGUGAGGCCGUCACGGCCGCCGAGUUCCGCAUCUACAAGGACUUCGUCCAGGAGCGCUACGAGAAUGAGACCUUCCGUGUCAGUGUCUACCAGGUGUUACAACGACACCCAGACAGCGAGGGUGACCUCUUCAUGCUGGACUCGCGGGUGGUGUGGGCAGAGGAGGAGGGAUGGCUGGAGUUCGACGUCACCGUGACCAGCAACCUCUGGGUUCUGCACCCGGGCCAGAACUUGGGCAUGCAACUGGUCCUGGAGGGGAUGGAGGGCCAAAGUGUGAACCUGUGCAGCGCAGGACUGGUGGGCAGCAGCGGACCCCGUAACAAGCAGCCCUUCAUGGUGGCCUUCUUCAAGGCCACAGAGGUGCACCUCCGGGGUGUGCGCUCCACCUCAGGCCACAAGCAGCGCCACGGCAACCGCUCCAAGGGCCACAAGGGCCACAAGGGCUCGGCUGCCGGCUCCAGGGCCGGCUCCGGAUCCAGCUCCGCUGACGGUGGCAGCCAGGAGGCUCUAAAACUCGCCGAGGCUGCAGCAGCAGAGACCCUGAGCCCUGAUCAGAAACAGGGUUGUAAGAAGCAUGAGCUCUACGUCAGCUUCAGAGACCUAGGAUGGCAGGACUGGAUCAUCGCCCCAGAGGGCUACGCGGCGUACUACUGUGACGGAGAGUGCGCUUUCCCUCUCAACUCCUACAUGAACGCCACCAACCACGCCAUUGUGCAGACACUGGUUCACUUUAUAAACCCAGACACCGUGCCCAAGCCCUGCUGCGCCCCCACCCAACUCCAUGGCAUCUCCGUGCUCUACUUCGACGACAGCUCCAACGUCAUCCUCAAGAAGUACCGCAACAUGGUGGUCAGGGCCUGCGGAUGCCACUGACACCACCUCCUCCUCUUCCUCAUUCCCAUGAUGUAUCUGUGCCAGGUAGGUGGCAAGAGGGACACUUGGAUCUUUGAUGAACUCCUUGUAGAUUAAAAAAAACAAAUACUAAACAUGCUGCACAUCAGGAGAGAAGAACAAACAGAUUGAACCAGAUGGGCCUCGUGCCAUGGUUUCCACAGAAGGACAGUGUUGUGGAGUCUGUCUGUUGUUUUACGCUGGACGUGGUCUUAAUGGUACUCAAGAAAUUUUUUUGGACUGUGGUCAGUAUCGAGCAACGGCCCUCUUCUGCUUGACCCUUGUGUACACUCCUGUUGAUGCGCCAGUACAGCACUGAAAGGGAAUCUCUCCUCCCAAAAGGAACAGCUGUCCCUGAUUAUUUGAGGAGGCUUGUUUGGGCCAUGGA